AGUAAAAUUAGUUUUCUAAUUUUCCUGCAGAAGCUUCUAGUGACUGUGUGAAUGGAUUAUCAGUCUCUUUUGCAUACAUUAGAUAGAAGUUUUCAUGUUUGAUAAACAGGUUUACUAAACCACAGACAGUUCUUCCCUCCUAGCUUCUCUUCCUUGGCUUUCAGCACUUUUUGCAGAGGGCCUGAGGUUUAUUAGCUCCACACGAUGAGCAGAGAAACUGAGGCACAGAGAACAAACACAGGAAAAGGAACAGCAGAGCACGAAUGGAGCCUUUCUGGGAGGUGCUUGGUGAGGAACAUGGCAUUGACAUCACUGGGAACUACCGUGGGGAUUCACCACUGCAGCUGGAGCGAAUUAACGUGUACUUCAAUGAGGCUUAUUCCCAUAAGUACGUACCCCGUUCCAUCCUGGUGGACCUGGAGCCUGGGACGAUGGACAGUGUCCGCUCCAGCAGAAUCGGGCCCCUCUUUCGGCCUGACAACUUCAUCCAUGGUAAUUCAGGUGCUGGCAACAACUGGGCCAAGGGCCAUUACACAGAAGGUGCUGAACUAAUUGAAAACGUCAUGGAUGUGGUCAGGAACGAGUGUGAGAGCUGUGACUGCCUUCAGGGGUUCCAGCUCAUCCAUUCCCUUGGUGGUGGCACGGGCUCAGGCAUGGGGACGCUCCUCAUCAACAAGAUCAGAGAGGAAUAUCCCGACAGGAUCAUGAACACCUUCAGCGUCGUGCCCUCCCCCAAGGUGUCGGACACGGUGGUGGAGCCGUACAACGCCAUCCUCUCCAUCCACCAGCUGAUAGAGAACACCGAUGAAACCUUCUGCAUUGACAACGAGGCUCUCUAUGAUAUUUGCUUCAGGACAUUGAAGCUCACCAAUCCCACCUACGGGGACCUCAACCACUUGGUGUCCCUCACCAUGAGCGGCGUCACCACCUCGCUGCGCUUCCCCGGCCAGCUGAACGCGGAUCUGCGCAAGCUGGCGGUGAACAUGGUGCCCUUUCCUCGCCUGCACUUCUUCAUGCCCGGCUUUGCCCCGCUGACAGCUCGGGGCAGCCAGCAGUACCGGGCCCUGACGGUGCCAGAGCUCACCCAGCAGAUGUUCGACGCCCGGAACAUGAUGGCAGCGUGCGACCCCCGCCGCGGGCGCUACCUCACCGUGGCCUGCAUCUUCAGGGGCAGAAUGUCCACCAAGGAAGUGGACGAGCAGCUGCUCUCUGUCCAGACCAAGAACAGCUCCUACUUUGUGGAGUGGAUCCCUAACAACGUGAAGGUGGCCGUGUGUGACAUCCCGCCGCGAGGGCUGAAGAUGGCAGCCACGUUUAUUGGCAAUAACACGGCCAUCCAGGAGCUCUUCAUCAGGGUGUCCGAGCAGUUCUCGGCCAUGUUCAGGAGGAAAGCCUUUCUCCACUGGUACACGGGGGAAGGCAUGGAUGAGAUGGAGUUUUCUGAAGCAGAAGGUAACACCAAUGACCUCGUGUCCGAGUACCAGCAGUACCAGGAUGCCACUGCAGACGUGGAAGAAUUUGAAGAGGUAGAAGUGGAAGCAGAAGCCAAGCCAGAAAAGGAAGCAGAGUAAAAAGUAUCAAAAUAUUCUCCAAAUGAACCUGUUCACAUUCACUAGAGACAAGCAAUAGUCAUCAUCUGCAUACCCAAAAUAACACAUCUCUUCAGAACUUCUGUGCAUCUGGCCAAGUAUAUCUGAUAUUACAACACAGUGCUUUUGAAAUUCAUGGCAGCUCUGCUUUACUGUCUUGAACAACUGUUGAGAUGGAAUCUCUCCUCAAACCAAUCCACUAUGAGGACACGUCAUCUCACACCAGCCUUUCCUGUAUAAAUGGAUUCACUUUUGGAACACAAUCACCAGAUACUGAAUGUACCAUACAGCCACUGGGCCAGUGUAUAUAGAUCAGGAUCUUAAGCAAUAGCAAAAUAUGCUGUCAGCUCAUCACAUGUAUUUAUUGUCAGGAAAACACAGUCCCUGCCGACUGUGAACUCGUUACUGUUUUAGGAUCAUGUGCACAUCUCUGAGGCCUCCAAAGGCAGUGACUCUUUUAUCACUCCACAGACUGAUGUAGAUCUGCAGAAACAACAGGGGGCAAAUGACUGAAUAUGCACAUUCUUAUUUUAUAAGUACUCUAAUUGUUUUAUCACAUUGCUGGCUUAUAUUAUUGCAGAGCUUGUAUUCAUUAUCAUGGUGUGGUUUGUUUCUGUUUCUAACUACAGGUUGAGUUACAUUAGCACACUAAGUUGUGAUAUUGUGUAAAAGUUUUGGUGUGGCAUUUUUUUUCCUAGGUACUAACUACUGUAAAUUUUUUUCCUAACAUUCAGUACAACAAAAAUGACAUAGAAUGGUUUGUAGUUUGUUAAUAUAAAUUCUAUGGCAGUCACUAAAACAAAAUCUUAUUUUGCCUUCGUUAAAAAAAAUUCUUGCCAUCACAGCU